UGGAUUCUCUGUGUCUGGUUGGAGCCUGUAUGACUGCUUCAUGACUGUGUUUGCAACAAAAAUGUAGGCAUUGGUACGAUAUAGUGUUACAAGUGGAGAUGUACAACGACUGUAAACCUGACAGACGGAUGAGUUGACUGCUGAACACUGGGUCACUUUUACUUGACUACUUACUAAAUAAAUAUUCUGUUGGUAUGAACUGUAAAGAGGUACAGAUGUUUAAGGAUUUUAAUGUGGAAAGACCUUUUUUUUACAGAAAAAAACAGACCAGACACACAUUACUGUUGCAAGUAGACUAGGUGUAUGUCUUAAUACACGUCUGAAGGGGAUCUUUAAGUGAUUCAUACUUAUGUUUUCAGUUUUUAGCAAAUAUCUCAGAUCUUAAAUAUCAGUGUUGAUACCUUGUAAGUGUAUUUUUUUUGUUAAGCCUAUAUACUACUUUAUGUAGUGGCGGUAAUAUUAUAAUAGUGAUUAUUAUUAUUUCCAGUAUUUUCCAUAGUACCUGAACCCAACACAUGCAGUCGACCUUUGGCUUGCAGAGGACUGACUGAUCGUUUUCCGACACGAUACUGUGGCCACAAGAAGGCAGCAGUCAACACAGGACCCUUGUAAUUAAACAUCAACCGCAGACCUAAUGCGCAUGUGUGAAGCAACAAGUGCAGAGUGGCAGGUUGUAUAGGAGGAUAACAAGUUAAGCAAGAAGUGAACACCGCCCUACAGGUGUGUACGCAGGUUGACAUUUCAGGAGGCUCUUUCACUGCCACAGUCUGCGGAGACAUUUGUAUUCCCGACUCCAUUCAAUAAGUGUACAUGAAGGGACUUUUUACGGAGGAUUUAACCCGCCGGAGUUGAGGCAGUAUCAAUGUUUUAUCCCAUGUAUCGGAUAUGGCUUCUGCUUCUGCUGGGAGGAUUCGCCGUGCCAGGGGUGCAACAUGUCAGUGGAAUAGAGAUUUACACGUCAACUGAGCUGGAGGUGGUCAAUGGGACUAAUGUGAAACUGAAGUGCACCUUCAGUUCCGAUAAACCAGUGUCGCUUCAGUCCGUCGUAGUGUCCUGGAACUUCCGUCCCAUAAAUUCAGGAUCAGAAGAGUCGGUGUUUUUCUACCAGGAGGUACCAUACCCUCCCGAGCAAGGGCGAUUUAAAGACCAUGCGGUGUGGUCGGGAGAUGUUUUGAAACGCGACGUCUCCAUCACCCUGCAUGAGGUGCUUCCGACCUUUAAUGGCACCUACAUCUGCCAGGUGCGCAACCGCCCAGAUGUGCACGGCAGUAAUGGAGAGAUCGUCCUCAGAGUCGUCAACAAAGUGUCCCUCUCUGAGAUCGGGAUCUUGGCAGCGGCCGUUGGUGGCGCCUGUGCUGUAAUUUUGAUCCUCCUUGGUAUCUUUGUGGCGAUUAAGUUCUACAUGAGAAAAAACCGGGGAAAUGACAUUGAGCUGCACCCACACGAGCACCAGCGGAAGGACCCGACCGUGUGUUUACCUGAAGAGGCAGUUCAUCUGAAAGUUGUGACGGUGGAGAAAGAAGUUGAUAGUUCAGAUGAUGAGGAGUCUGAAGCCAGCAGCGGAGAUGAUGAGGAAGAGGAAGGCCUAGAAGAUGAUGAUGAUGAUGAUGAUGAUGAUGAGGACGACGACGAUGGCGAUGAUGACUAAAUAGAGAAGUUUAGUUUAGUUUAUUGAUUAGAAUUGCCUUUCCCUUUAUGACAUCAACCUUUUUGCUAUUCAAUAACAUGAUUGAAUGUUUAGAUGUAAUAUAUUGUAUUUUUUCAGUGCAUUAUGGUCACUGAAUUACAUUAAUACAAAAAGUUAAGACUAUUGCACCAAUUUAGCAUUACACUCCUACUGUAUAACAUACUUACAAUGGAUUUAUUUUUUUAAAAGCAUCAAAAUAGAAGGAGCAGAACCAAAGAUGUUCCUUAUCAACACCAGGUGCCUACAUUACCCACAACACGCAAUGCUAGUAGGUUAAUGUAGCUUAGAGCCUUAAGCAGAGACGUGGAGCGGGGCUACAGGUCUGUUAACUCCACACUCUCAGAUUUCUUUUCAUUCAUUUUUAAACUUGUUGUCUUCAGCCCCAACCCACGCUGACCCAAGUGACAUCACUUAAGGCAGUUCAUCAGCCUUCCUCCCUCUGGAGCCACAAAAGGCUUUAUACAACUUUUUUACACAAAUGCAGCAGUAGUCCCCAAGACCUGUAAACAGAUUUUGACGAAACAGGUGGAGUCUGUGCGUUUGAUGAAUGCGGACUGAUAGUUGUGAGUCUGGUCUGUCGUACGUGGCCUCUAACUUUUUUUCUUUGUGCUAAUUUGAUUGGAUUUCCAUACAGCUGCUGCUAGAACUCUGUUGGCUUAGAUCAAUGUUGUGAAAAUCAUGAAUUUUCAUGUUGGAUAAAUGGAAUAUAGAUUUUUAAAGAGAUGAUUCGGUUUAAUUUGGCUCUUUGUUAAAAGCACCCCAUACCAGUGUAGACAGUGUUUGCGUAGCUGUGGUGUUGCCAGAUUAAAUGUUUUUCCUGUUUAGUUUCUAAAGGCAUCAACAGAGAGUAGAAUUUUAAGUAAGAAACAGCAUUUAACUGCGUCAUUCUGUGUGUUUGCAGUCACUUUUGAAUGCUGCUGGAAAUGAAACAGCACAGGGUGCUGUCAUUUAAUUUUUGCUUCCAGAGAUUCUGAUCAAAGUGUGUUUUUACCACAAUGCCAACAUUGCACAAGUGAUUUUGUAUUUUGAUUCUGUAUAUAGUGUAAAAUAAAUAGAACUUUACACUUUUUAUAACUCUUGUCCUGAAAUGUUGUCAUAUGUAUCUCUAUUCAGCUACUCUGGAAUAAAGAACUGUUUUUGAAAUUA